UCUGCGUGAGUGCUUUAUCACAAAUCAGAGUGUCGGCGUCUGCGGGAGCUUACAGGGCAAGAGUUCACCGGUCUGGUACUAAGUCUCCUAGUUUCUCUCAGUUUGAUGAGAGCUGACCAAGUUUAGAGGCAGAGACGCGUGUGAUCUACAAAGGAGUCGCUGUCCGCAACAUAACUUCGGCCUUACUCAUGGAUUUAAGUUGAGCCCGUAAAGAACACUGGAUACGUUCAGCCCGUGUUUUGGUUGACUUUGAGGACAGCAGCGACAGCGAUGCCCGUGUGAACGGGGACGUGCGUUUUCCUGGGGGUGUUUGAGAGACAGGGGCCCAAGACAUGAUGUCCACUGGAGCUGAUAGCUGACGCUGUAGAAUGAGAGAGGAUGGAACAGACAGACAGCCCUGCCCCUGAGAGCAACAACCCUAAUGGGUUUGUCAAUCGAGUGUUUAAUGUUUCUCUGGAUGUGGAGAAUGAGACGAGCAGUGUUUAUAUUCAGGAGAGUGGACCGGUGCCUGCAGAGGGGCAGGGUGAAACCCAGUCAGCAUCUUCUCAGACCCCUGUCAAGGACAGACAGGAGGUCAACCGGAGGCCCCGUGCCACAGGGGGUAUCUGGAAGAUCUUGAACCGAAAGAGAGCUGUCUCAGAGCUGGAGCGCAGACCCCACUCCAUGAUCCUGCCCGGGGAGGCUUCCAUCCCUAAACUCUCAUUUGCUGACAAAGUCCGCUCUUUUAAGAAGCUUAAAUCCCCUUCUGUGUUCAGAGGGAGGACUGGGAAAUUGUCCAGUGCAAAAUUCAGCAGCUCUUUGGUGGAUGAGGAAUCUUUUUGCCAUGGCAUUGGUACUCCUCAGCAGUCCAGCAGGGGCACACUUAGGCACCAUGGCAAGAGGCACUCAUAUGCUGGCUAUACAGCAGAUUUUGACUGUUCGUUUGAAGAUAUUGACCUCUCUGCUCCUAUAGAUGGCUAUCAGCCCACUGUAACAGGAGAGACUGUGACUCAGAAUGGUUGUAAACCAUCUGAUAGAGGUUCCCAUACUAAAAGAAGCCACAGCAAUUCAACCAGCUGUAACAAAACAUCCUCAGGCUGUGAAGAGUCUUGCAUCAAAGGUAACCAGAGCACUCAAAUGGGUAGAGGAAGGAGACGCAAAGAUGUGUGGAGUUACCUGAGGAGGAUUUCCAUUUUGGGGAAAGCUAAUCCCAUUUACUCAGAGAGGAGCUUUGACUCCGAGCUCCACUCUCUGGAAAAAACCAUGGACUCAGACUAUGGCUCUGUAGACUUUGAGAGUGUCCCAGAUUUUCAGCCUCCACCCACAAAGCCCUCUAAUGACACCAAAGGGCACUUUGGCGGUCUGUUCAAGUUUUUCACCAGUGUAGCAGAGACAGCCAGAAAAUGGCGGACAACGUCGCGUUCCUUCUCUCCUCCAGAGGGAGAGAGGACUCCAAUGAGCUCCCCACGGAUCUCACAGCGUACAGUGGACCAUAUUCACAGUGUGUCCAUUACACUUCAUAGUGGAGGACUUCCAGAAUCUCAGCCUGUCCUGUCAUCACCAGGGACAGCUAAAUCCUCACACAGUUUUGACAGCGAGGCUCUAGCGCCUGUGACAGGUGAACUAUCUCCUAAGGUGGUCCUGAAAGCAUUUAGGGCAUGCCCAGAAUCUCCAGCUGUCAAUACUGUCAAUGGUCUCCAGAGUUUUGAGUUCACAUACAAAGAUAUAGACAGGGACACAAACCACAGGUCCAAAACAGAGAACCCUAUCCCCCAGUCAGGUCCCAACACAGACACUAAAAAAGAAGUGGAUGAUACACUGCACUGUCUCUGUCCAGAUGAAGAGGUAGUGGGACAGACAGGAAAUGAGCAGGAUUCCAGGGUCGCUCCUUCUGACUCCCACCAGAUGCAGGAAGUGAAUGUCCAAUUGCAACAAGGUGAUAAAGACAGCACAACCAAUAGCGUACUGGCAUCGGGUUCCACAGAGGAAAUAUUUAAGCUGUGUGAGCAGAUUGCCAGCCAGACAGGCUGCAGUGUGAGACAGCCGGGCCCAGCCGUGUCCCACUCUAGCACAGAGAAGACCUCUGUACCUCACAAGCCCCUGCAGCCUCGUCCUCGCCCGGCCUCAGCUGUCCUGGACCUGUGGAGGUCCAACCCAGACCGAGAUCUCUACAACCAUUAUAGUGAGGGUGGCUCACUGUGCUGGCGGAGACGUAGGCCUGCCCCCACCAUGCAGCACUCACCGGGGCAGAGAAGGAUGGCUGCUCGCUCCAGGCCUUGUUCUGUCAUAGAGACCAGUGUUACUAGGGAGCCUCUUUCCACGGAGCUGCACCACAGAGCCUUGUCUCGGCCCCCGGGUGUGUCACCGUUAGAGCCCCCGCUCAGGGUGUCUCUCCAGCGCUGCCGGUCCCUACCUCUGCCCCCCAGUACUCUCACUGCCCUGGCACUGCUCCUCCCUCAAUCAGACAUAGGUCAGUCAUCGACGGUGCGUCUGCGAUCUGGAGACUCUGGUAGCUGCAGGAGGAGGAGGCUGCUGAGACCUGGUUCAGAACCACUGCAGGUCAACAUAUUGAUAAGUGGAGGCUCGAUCGUCAACGCUGAGGCGGUAUGGGACCAUGUGACCAUGGCGGACCGGGAGUUGGCGUUUAAGGCUGGUGACGUCAUCAAGGUGCUGGAUGCCUCCAACAAAGACUGGUGGUGGGGCCAGAUUGAUGAGGAGGAAGGAUGGUUCCCUGCCAGCUUUGUACGGGUGGAACCCCACCCUCCUCAGCCCCAAACAAAACAGGUUUUCUAUAUCAACCCCAUAGCAACUCCACGGUUCCAAAACACCACGUCAAAGUUGUGGGUAAACCAGGAGGACGGGGGAGUGGAGCCAGCUGAGGGGAUGAGCGAGGUGCAGAAUGGGCACCUGGACUCAACCAAUGACUGCCUGUGUCUGGGCUCACCCCUGCAGAACCGAGACCAGAUGAGAGCUAAUGUCAUCAAUGAGAUCAUGAGCACAGAGAGACACUAUAUCAAGCACCUCAAGGACAUUUGUGAGGGUUACUUGCGCCAGUGCAGGAAGCGUGUGGACAUGUUCAAUGAUGACCAAUUGAAGGUCAUCUUUGGUAACAUCGAGGACAUUUACCGCUUCCAGAUGGGCUUUGUUAGAGACUUGGAAAAACAGUACAACACAGAGGAACCGCAUCUCUCUGAAAUUGGACCAUGCUUUUUAGAGCACCAAGAUGGUUUUUGGAUCUAUUCAGAAUACUGUAACAACCACUUGGACGCCUGCAUGGAGCUGAGCAAACUAAUGAGGGAUGGCAGGUACCAGCACUUCUUUGAGGCCUGUCGCCUCCUCCAGCAAAUGAUUGACAUUGCCAUAGAUGGCUUCUUGCUCACCCCUGUCCAGAAAAUCUGCAAAUAUCCACUCCAGUUGGCUGAGCUUCUCAAAUACACUGCACAGGAGCACAGUGACUAUCGAUACGUGGCAGCAGCCCUGGCAGUAAUGAGGAACGUUACUCAGCAGAUCAACGAAAGGAAGAGGAGGCUGGAGAACAUUGACAAGAUCGCCCAGUGGCAAGCCUCUGUUUUGGACUGGGAGGGGGAUGAUAUAUUGGACAGGAGCUCAGAGCUCAUCUACACUGGGGAGUUGUCAUGGAUCUAUCAGCCGUAUGGACGCAGCCAGCAGCGAGUCUUCUUCCUCUUUGAUCACCAGCUGGUCCUCUGUAAGAAGGAUCUGAUACGACGGGACAUCCUGUACUAUAAAGGCCGCAUCGACAUGGAUCGCUACGAGGUGCGGGACGCUAUAGACGGGCGUGACGAUGACUUCAACGUCAGUGUGAAGAACGCCUUCAAAUUGUGCAACAAAGACAGCGAGGAGAUCCACAUCUUCCUGGCCAAGAAGCCGGAGGAGAAGAUCCGCUGGCUCAGGGCCUUCCACGAGGAGAGGAAGAUGGUGCAGGAGGAUGAGAAAAUCGGUUUUGAGAUCUCAGAAUAUCAGAAGCGGCAGGCGGCCAUGACAGUGAGAAAGGUGACCAAACAGAAAGGUGUAAACAGGUGCACGCCCCCCUCAUACCCGCCCCCCCAGGACCCUAUCAGCGGGGGUCAGUAUGAGGUAACGGAGGACAUGGCACAAGGAGAGGUUUUUGAAUUCAGUCAAUCCAAAAGAGGCCAGGCUCCAUUCUGGCAGAAUUUUAGUAGAUUAGCUCCAUUUAAGAAAUAAAGAUACACAGACUCUUCUAAAGGACCAGAUAUUUUUCUUAGAAGCACUAAACACUGAAUAAUCACGUGUCCCGUGAUGAAGAAAAAUUCGUAAACACAUCUAAAGACACAAGAGACUCGAAAGUUAAGGAACAGUGUUAAUACAGAGUUUGAAUGGAAGCGGCAAGAGGACUGAAGACUUGGAUUUGAAAAAGUGAGAGAAAAUAAACUUUACAAUUCACAUACGUUGGUAACAUUCUUAGUUAUACUUCUCCAGCUGAGUCAUCUCCAUUGAACUCUUCCCUCGGAUUCUGCAUAUUCACACCAUCUGAGUGUCCUUAUUGAGAUUGUUAUAUUAUUUAAUUUUGAAUCAUCUAGAAAGAAACGAGGCCAAACCAAGUCAUUCCUAGUAGUAUGACUCUGUCUGAAAGCUGAGAUCUUGCUGUGCUGCUAUGUGAGAUUGCUUACUGCAUUCUUCUGAAUGUGAGAUUGCGUAAUGACGUGCCUCAGCCACUGGCUGUGAAGCUUGACUGUCGGCGCCACCUUUGAGUUACCUCCAUCCCGCCGCUGAUCGCAGACCGAUCAAGUUGUCUCUGCUCUACUGAUGUCUGGCGUCUGGAUCUCCUUCCCUCUCUCAACGCUCCAAACUCUCUCCGGCUGCCUGCCUACAGUAGUCCUCUCUUCAAACUGUUUACCUUCCCGCUCUGCAUCACCUUCUUGUCCUCUCUAUCGUUCAACCCACCUGCUCAGCCUCUGUGAGUCAGUGGCUCUCAGAGGAAAGAGGUUCAUUCUUUUUGAAACCUGCCAUUGGAAAUGAUAUGAUGUGUCAAGGAACAAAUCAAUAGUCGGAACAUCAAUAGAUUAUUUACAUCCUUUCACCAACCACUUCUGACAGGGUAUUCAUAUCCGAUCACUCCGUGGGGCUGUGGGUUGCAUUUGACGGAGAGCUCGCCGCUCAGAUGACACAGCUGGGAGCAGGAGAUAGGCAGACUACGCUCCACCUGCCUUGUGUGAGAGGCCCUCCCCCACCGCUCUCCCAUGAGACCACCCCUGUAGCACUGUGC